UGGGUUAACAUAGCAUGGAGGAUGGAUUUACAUGGUGGUGUCAAGCUGGAGAAAGAACCCAACAAGAACCAGUCCCCGUCCAACAUUGACUUCCAACCCUCCAAGUUAGGAACAAAAGAGUAUUGGGAUCAUGCUUAUGAAAGGGAACUCGAGUGCUUUCGUGAAUCAGGGGAUACGAGUGAGGUUUGGUUUGGUAAAGAAAGUAUGGAUCGCAUCCGAAACUGGUUGGAAAAGCAAAAUAUUCCAAAGGAUGUUGCCCUGUUGGAUAUUGGGACUGGAAAUGGAGAACUUUUAGUUGAGCUAGCAAAAGCUGGGUUUACCAACCUGUCUGGAAUUGAUAAUUCAUCCACUGCUGUGGAGCUUGCUAAAGCUGUUGCUGAAAAGGAAGAGUUAUUGUCUUUGAAGUUACAGGUGGCAGACUUUUUGCAUCCAUUUCCUUGUCUUUCCCAUUAUGAAAUUUGCAUCGACAAGGGAACCUUUGAUGCCAUUAGUCUUAGUUUUGACCACCCAGGUGAGAAACUAAGACGUUAUCACCAGUCCUUACUCAAUGUUCUGAAGAAUGGAGGGCUGUUCCUUAUAACAUCAUGUAACUGGACUAAACAAGAACUUGUCAAUCACUUCAAUGAAGGAUUAGAAUUGCUGGAGGAACUACCAACACCUAAAUUCCAUUUUGGAGGAAAAACUGGAAGUAGCGUAACAGUGUUAGUUUUCAAACGAAAAGAAUGAGUUUGGUUAACAGCAGGUCACAAGCAUCUCCUGGUGUUCAGCUCCUAAUUACUGCUCUCCUAGAACCAGAAUUACUUAAACAGACCACAGUUAGUCCCCAGAGAUUCAAUUUUUUUCUUUUAUUUAUACAUGGUACACAGUGAACAUGUGAAAAUGAUUAUUUUUGUACUGAUGUCAUUGUUCUAAAAAGUUUGAAGUUGUUACUAAAACAGAUAGAAAAACAAAGCAUAAAAAUGAUUUGUGUCAUUUUUAACAUUGAAAAGCGGCAAUUCCUCUCCUUUGCCCACUAAUGCCUAUUGCAAAGCACACUAAUGGCCUCUUGUGGUGUAAUACUAUAAAUACAUAUCUGUGACUUAUGUUAAUCCUGGGGAGGGCGUCAGUAUUAGAACUGAAGAUUACAGUUCCACCACUUAUUCCAAGAAGAUCAUGACCUUGGUUUUGCCUGGUUUUAUACCAUCUUUGAAAUCCUGUUUGAUCUAUGUUAAGAGUCCUGCAAAAGCUUGUUUUGAUGGAUGUUGUGUAUCAGAAAGAUUAUAGAAAAUUUGAAAACUAUAAAGUUUUUUUUAAAACUUAAGGACAUUAGCCACUCAUUUUGUUAACGUUUAUUAUUUAAAAAUAGCCAAGUUAACAUGCCUUGAAAGAUGGACUGAGGCACAAUAUUCAGUACCCUUGGCAAACAAAACUAAAUUACUUAAAAAAAAAAGUUGGAUCAUACACAGAACUUUGAUUUGGCAUUUGAGAAGCUAGAAGUUACUUUUGGAAGUAGUAACUUAUAAGAUGGAUAGUAGUAGUUUUGCUUUUAACUAUUUUUGCCUAUCAUGUGGCAUUCUAACCCAGUUAAUUAGCAUGAAAUACUAUAGGCAAGAUUAAAUAGUUAUGGCUUGAUUUAAUAUUUGAGACUUGAAUAGCUGGAACGGUCCAUUAAAACUGUCCCUUUUUUAGUAAAUCUUAUUUGUUGCUGUUUCCUGUCUUACAAACUAUGAAACUGCUUUGAUGUUGGACAAAAUCUUGUAUUGGAAACUGUCGAAUAAAAAUACAGGCUGUAUAAAAAAUGCA